GAAUUGAGACAAGCGUUCAUUAAACAAAAACCGCGACUAUUAUUGUCGGCCGCCGUAUCGGUGGCCGUUGCGGGCAGAUAUGAUGUGGCCUAUGAUAUUCCAGCAAUGGCUAAAGCGCUGGACUACAUGUGUGUUAUGACGUACGACAUGCACGGCGUAUGGGACCAGAAACUAGGCCACCAUGGUGCGUUUGGUCUAUUUUUGAAUUGGACUUUACCGUACGUGGCGAAAGGCUUUCCCAAACAAAAGAUCAUGAUGGGUGUGCCGUUUUAUGGCCGCGGCUUUACCAUGACAGACCCGGCCAAACACUAUGCGGGAAAUGCUAUUACGGGUGUGGGCAACACACCCGCCGGCGACAACGGGGAGUCCAUGUACAGCGAACUGUGCGAUUUGGUUAAAACUAAGGGCUGGACCAAGCUGAGAAAUUCCCAUUAUGGUAGCGACCCAUACGCUUAUCACGAUCAUAUAUGGGUUGGCUACGACGACCCGUUCCAGGCCUAUGACAAGGCCAAAUGGGCCAAAGACCAUGGCUUUGGCGGUAUAAUGGUGUGGGAGAUUGGUCAGGAUGAUCAGAAAAAGUGCUGCUCGGUAAAAUUUCCAUUGCUCCGGGCGAUUAAUAAUGCUCUGUUCAAUACUGGAAAGGGACCAUCCGCCUAUAACUGCGAACAUAAAUAG